AGCCUGGCCAGCAGCAGCCGAGACAACCCCGUCCACGUGUGGGAUGCCUUCAGUGGGGAGCUACGGGCCUCUUUUCGCCCCUACAACCACCUGGACGAGCUGACGGCCGCCCACUCGCUCUGCUUCACUCCUGACGGCGCCCAGCUCUUUUGCGGCUUUGACAAAAUGGUGCGCGUGUUCGACACAUCGCGGCCCGGCCGGUCGUGCGAAAACAGACCCACAUUUGUGAAGAAACAAGGGCAGAGCGGGAUCGUCUCCUGCAUCGCCUUCAGCCCGACGCAGCCCCUUUACGCCUGCACGUCGUACGCCAAGACCGUCGGCCUCUACUCCCGCGCGGAGGGAGACCCCUUGGCGAUGCUCGUGGGGCACCGCGGCGGCGUCACCCACGCCGCCUUUUCCCCGGACGGCCUUUACCUCUUCACCGGUGGCCGCAAGGACGCCGAGAUUCUCUGCUGGGACCUACGGCAGCCGGACGAAGUCGUCUUCUCGCUGUCCCGCACGGUGGGCACCAAUCAGAGGCUGUAUUUCGACCUGGAUCCGAGCGGGCGGUAUUUGCUGAGCGGGAACACCAACGGCCUCGUUACGGUCUGGGACACCACCCAGCCUCCCCCCGGGGACCCCCCGGCUGUGUUGCCACCAGCCCUGCAGUUCCAGGCCGUGGGGGACUGCGUGAACGGCAUCAGUCUCCACCCCAGCCUCCCUCUGCUGGCCACGGCUUCGGGCCAGCGGCAUUUUCCCGACCUGCCGGAGAGCGGAGAGGACGAGGCGGAAGACGGAGGGGACCGUCCGCGCGGCCCUGUUCGGGCGCCGGGUGAUAACGCGCUCCGGUUGUGGUGGUGCACUCCGGCCUCGCAAACCGAGGGGGCCGUUUCCUAG